AUGCAUUCAUCUUUCCACCUCAUUCUCUUCACAUUUUUCACAUUCUUUCUAUCUCUCACUCCACUGGCGUAUUCUGACAAAUAUGUCAUAACUUCUCCGACUACGACGACAGAUUGGGUUGUUGGAACCACCGUUCAAAUUCUAUGGGAUUUUAAUACCACCGACCCUAAUGACAACGGUCGUACUUUAAAGUUGGAGCUAUACCAGAAAACCGGGUCAUUGGCGGCAGACAAUCUAAUGGCUACUAUUACUGCCAGUGUAAAGACGGUAGAUAAAAACGUUAGUUGGAUUGUGACUAGUGGAUUGACAACUGCGAAUAAUUAUUACAUACAUUUGGAGAGAAAUCCCGAGAAUAUAGCAGACUUGUUUCCCGAUAAGACGGACAGUCCUGUAUUCCGGAUUCUGGAACAAAACGCGACUACUACCUCUACUACGUCUUCAGCUGCGACUUCAACCUCGUCUUCGAUCAAGCCUAGCUCAACUACGACAAUGAUCGUUGUCGCCACUGUAACACCAUCUUGCGAUCAUGUUGCUCAAGUCUGCAACGAUUCAGGAAGAGCGUUUAUCAAUACCACUGACAGAUGUGUGUGUGGUACUUUCCUACGUGGCGCCGCAUCAUCAUUAACCGCGGGGAUGACUGCAAUAAUGAUAAUAACCAUGAUAACCACUGCCCUUACCGCAUCCAUCUUCACAUGA